AUGGAGCACCACAAAGAGGCUGCAUCGCACGUCGACAGCGAUCCAACCUACUCCGAUGCGGGCGAGCCAAAUAUUCUUACGUCAGAGAAGGAUGGUACCACCGCCGACAGACACGACAUGAUCCGCAUGGGUAAGCGUCAAGAGACUCAACGAAAUUUCCGUCAGAUCACCAUUCUGGGUUUCUGCAUGGUCAUUUUGUCGUCCUGGGAAGCCAUCUUGUCGACAGCAGUGUUUGCUUUGGGCAACGGCGGGACUGCAGGACUGAUCUGGGGAUAUCUGAUCUGCAUGAUUGGGUUUGGCUUCGUCGUAGCCUCGCUAGCAGAGAUGGCCUCAAUGGCCCCCACAUCCGGCGGUCAGUACCACUGGGUCAGCGAGUUUGCACCGCCGAAUUGCCAACGAUUUCUGUCAUACAUGGUCGGCUGGUUGGGCGUUUUGGGCUGGCAAACCGCGGCUGCCACCGUGUCAUACCUGGCCGGCAAACAGGUCCAAGGCCUUAUCGUCCUCAACAAUUCCUCAUACGUGCCACAGGCAUGGCAAGGUACUCUGCUCAUCUGGGCUGUCCUUGCGAUCUGCCUUUUCUUCAACACCUUCUUUUCGAAGAAACUCCCGCUUAUCGAGGGCGUCAUCGUUGUACUGCAUGUCGCAGGAUUCUUUGCUGUCAUAAUCCCUCUGUGGGUUAUGGGCGAUCGAACUUCUUCUGAAGAGGUGUUCACGCUGUUCGAGGAUAACAUGAUGUGGGGCAGUAUCCCACUGUCCACCAUGGUCGGGUUGACCGGAGCUGCAAGCUGCUUCGUCGGUAUCGAGGCAGGUGCGCACAUGGCCGAAGAAGUGCGCAACGCGGCCCAUGUAAUUCCUCGGGCGAUGAUGUGGACUUGGCUCGGAAAUGGUCUGCUCGGCUGGAUCAUGGCUAUCACGUUCUGCUUCUGUGUCGGCGAUACUAUGUCCGUUCUUACGACGCCGCUGGGUUCGCCACACAUCCAAGUCUUCGUCAACACGACUGGAUCUGUAGCUGGCGCAACCGGUUUGACGUGCAUCAUGCUCAUCAUCGCUGUUUUCGCGUGUGUUGCAGUCAUGGCAACUAACUCACGCCAAUUGUUCGCCUUUGCGCGCGACAAUGGUGUACCUUUUUCGAAAACGUUCAGUCAGGUCUCACCGACGCUUGGGGUGCCUCUAAAUUCGGUAUAUCUUACGAUAUUGUUCGUACUCCUGCUGUCCUUGAUCAACCUUGGUUCCAGCGUGGCGUUCAUGCAAGUGAUUUCCCUCGGAGUCGCUGCAAUGAUCACGUCGUACUUGAUCUCGAUCUCGUGUGUGGCUCUCAAGAGGAUCCGCGGGGAACCGCUGUUGCCGUCGAAGUUCAACCUGGGGAAGUUGGGGUUGCCCAUCAACAUUAUCGCGGUACUGUUCUUGCUUUUCAUCUGGUUCUUCUGUUUCUUCCCCCCUGCCCCCCACCCAGCGGUUGCCGAUAUGAACUGGGCGGUAUUAGGAUACGGAGUCGUCGUCCUCUUCGCUACUAUUUACUACGUCAUUCGUGGCCGCCACGUGUAUGUAGGUCCUGUCGAGUAUGUUCGCAAGGGUCAGUAG